AUGCAAAAGCAAAAAAUUCUUAUCCUGCUUAUUCUGGCUGGAUGAUUUUUUUUAACAGUUUUUUAUUCUUAUUUUCACAAUACUCACAACAAUCCAUUUGAAACGACAUCUAUUAUUUUGAAUUCUGAAUUAUUUUUAGAUGAAAAAUCUCCUCCUCAAACUUCAUAUCAUGCAAGCUUAAACUAUUUCGAUGAUGAAAAUUCAGUGUUUCCUCUCGAUGUUUCAUGUAAACCUGAUACAUUUGGCUACACUUUGCAGGAAGCCAAGAGAUGGUUUGAAGAUAUUGAUUACCCACGAUGUGAGACCCUUUACAAUUCCACACCAGGUGUAAUAAAUAUUGAUAUAGAAAAGAAUGUUUUUACUAUGAACUGUUCUGGGUAUUUUGUAUUAGGAAAUCGUUAUGAAGAAAUAGGAUCUUAUACUCCCACGUCACGGCGGGUUUAUCAUGAGCCUGUAAAAUUAAAAUCAGAAGAGUAUGCGUUUGGGACCUGCAGCGAUACAAAAACUAAAGAUUUCGAACACUUUGUAUAUAAAUUCAGACCAGAACCUCUAGCAUUAGAAAGAGCUGAAAAGGCUCUUAAAGGCAAGCCUUUAAAUAUUGUUAUGCUUGUAAUUGAUUCAUUAAGUAGAAGGAAUUUUUUAAGAAAACUUCCAAAAUCGGUGGAAUUUUUAAAAAAUUUAGAUGAAAAUUACUCAAUUUUUGAUUUUAAGAUGAAUAAUGUUAUGGGAAGAGACUCACAUCAUUUUUAUAUGCCAGCAUUAUUUGGUGACAUUAAAUACAAAAUAAAUUUAGAUUACAGAGGAGACUUGCACACUGAAAAGUCAAUUUGAAGAUAUUUGCAUCAAAACGGAUUUGUUUCAUUAUUAGGAACUGAUAUCUGCGGUGAUAGUGUGUCUAUGCUUAUAAAUUAGAAAAAAUAAUAAUAAUUUUUUUUAAAAAUUUUUUUUUUUGGAAAAAUAAUUAAUUAUUCUAUGUUUCUUGGCAAAAAUCCUAAAGUUGAUCAUAUAAUGGGCACAAUCUUUUGUGCUGCAAAAAAAUAUUAUGGGUAUCAUCAAGAUAAAACUUCAGAGAGAUGCAUAGGGAAUAAGAAUGUCCAUGCAAUAAUGAUGGACCAUAUUUUAAAAUUUUCUGAAGCCUAUAGAAAUGUAUCGAGAUUUACCUAUAUGCAUAUAUACAUAAAAAAAAAUGGUGACGACAGACAAUCCAACCUCUCGACCCUAUUUCUUCAACAGCAGUAGGCAGAGGCCCAGAGUUGGAGAUUAAAGUGUAAUCCUUUAUGUAUGUAGGCUAGGUUUACUCGAGUACUGGGAGCUGAUGCCUAGGGCUUGGGAUUUCCCUCCUAGGCAAUCAGUGGAAAGGAUAGGACCAGCAACAGCCCCAGAGGAUGCUAAGUCCCUCAAACAGGGCUCAAGAGGUGAAAUCUAUCUAAAGAGAACUGGGAGUUUCAACCCAGGUGAUGGGUCCUUAGGCUCCAGAAGCCAUGGAAGCCAAGAAGGUUUGUGAAUCCUUUGCCUGCAGCGGCGAGGAGGCUGUCUACCAGGAGCCCACUGAGGAUGUAAAGUAAAAUAUUGGUGAAUCCCCGGUUGUCGCAUAACUAACUAAAUAGCUACCUAUAUGCAUAUAAAUACAGGACAUGAACCUACAGGCACAGUUAUUUCUACACUUGACUUGGAUUUGGUUGAAUUUUUAAGAAGUAUUUUGAGUAGAAAUGAAGAUUUAAUUCUUUUUAUUAAAGGAGAUCAUGGCUCAAGGCACGGAGGUUGGCUGAAAACAAGUUCUGGUGUAAACGAGCAUAGAAUCCCAUUAACAUUUCUAAUUGCUUCUAAUUCAUUUUUAUCAAAAAUCCCAAAAAGCAUAGAAACCCUCAUCCAAAAUUCAAAUAAAUUGAUUAGCAAUUAUGAUUUUCAUAGCACACUGAUUGGGCUUGGAAAUUUUUCUCAAGAAGAUAUUUCUUCAAUGACAUCAAUUCGAUUCAAAUCAUAUAAUUUAUUUACUGAAAUAAUACCUGACAACAGAACAUGCAUUGAUGCUGGUAUAAAUUUAACCUGAUGUAGCUGCUUACCAGUUGAGUACUUGCAAGACUCAGAGUUUAAUUCUCCUUUUGUUCUAAAAAUUGUAUAUCAAGUUAUUCUGAAGCUUAAUUUGAUAAAUAAUUGCAUUGGACAAUCUGAUACUUGUGUAUGCAAAUUUCUUACUCUUGAGACUAUUUUAAAAGCUGGGGUUAUCGAAUAUGACGGUGAUGCUUUUUUUAAACUAACUUUUAAAGUUAGAGAAAGUCAAAAGGCAAUAUUUAGAGCUGAUGUUAGGCUGUCUAAAGAAGAAAUGGGGGAUGAGGUAACUGCUGAUAAUGAUUUAUUUAAAGCAAAGCCAAUAAAAUUUGACGAUUACAAGUUUUUGAAAAUUUUAAAUGUAAAUCGGCUUGACCAGAGAGAAGAUGAGUGCAAAUAUAUAACAGAAAAAUAUGAAAAAGAUCCUGAUUAUUGUUUAUGUGGCUUUUAA